UCUUCGGUAAAUCCAAGCUCCCAAGCUCGGCGGUUGGUCGCAUCCGCAAACGCGACUGAAUUCAUGUGCACGAUUUGCUACCUGGAGUUUGUGAGGCGCAUUUGUUGAUAGAAUACGUGGAUUGUGGGUGGCGAAAAUUAUUUAGGGGUUUAGGGUUUCGAUUGUGGGAGGAAGGGAAUGGCAGGAGUGAUGGGUUUGCGCAGAGCUGGGCAAGCCGUAGUAGCACGUCUAGUUACCAGGCAGUCGUCGUGGUCAUUGCUGGGAGGUGCUCGAGGAGGUGCAUUACACAGUCUCUCCUCAUGGUCAUGUAGUCACGAAAACUUGUCUAACUCCCCAGCGCGAGGAUUGCAGGAGGCGUUGGCUGAAUUCAAACACUUGGCAGCCCCCUCGCAAUGCACUAGCCUUGUGCAAGAAGAUCAAACUAUGGCUAUGCUCAGUCCUCUUGGGUGGCCUUCAAGCAUUCACAUCGAAAAUGUUAUCUGCCCAAGUAUUGAUGAAGAAGCUAGCCCAAUGUUGAUGGCAACGAAGCGUACUUUUCAACCCAGCACUAUCAAACGCAAGCGCAGGCAUGGUUAUUUGGAGAGAAAAUCUACUGUUGGAGGCCGCAGAGUGCUUGCUCGCAGGCUUGCUAAGGGGAGAAAGAAGCUAUCAGCCUAGAAAUACAUCUUGAGCUUUCGUUUCUGUGUGUGUCUCGGUUUGAAAUAUAUCAUUUGGCUCACCCUGUAGGGUUAAGGGGUGAAAAACUUGGUUUCAAAAACUUCGUCCUCCACAUUAGGCGGAUGAAUUGAAGAACUGGCUCCAUUCAGGAAUAUCUAGCUGUCCAUGUUUUUCUCAUUUCUUGACUGAUUUAUCAAAGAAUGCAUUGGCAACGACACGACACCAGUGGUUUCA